AUGAGUAAUAUAGGUAGGGCAGGCACGGGGUUACGAUGUUGGGUUUGGGUGGUUACAUAUGGCGUUGCGUGUAGAGGAUCGGAGGAACACGAGCACAACGAAAUCAGGGACCGUAAAUGUCGCGUUGUGCAGUGGUAUCUUAACUGUAGUCUCACCGAUGCUUACAAGAAAACAUGUCCUGUUGCUGUUCAGAUUAUUCAAAAAUACUAUGAACUGCUUUUAAACUCCAAUCAAAACUCAUGCGAUUUACGAAAAUUGAAUUCAAAUUUGUCAAAAUUAAAUUUUGUUGAUUCAGAAAAUAUCACUCAGUUGAAUGGAAAUUCCAAUAAAAUUAAUGAAUCAUUGGGUGGACAAAUGAAAUUUCAAAAUCUGAAAAAUGAAAUUAGCACCGAACGAUGUGAUAUAGCAAGUGAACGAUAUGUAACGGAAAUAGCAUUGGAAUUGAGGAAAUAUGAAUAUCUCGAAUAUCAGUUGUUCCGGACUCCUUUUAACCAAUUGAUUGAAAGAACACCAUGCUCAACUUAUAAAAUUUACAAAAAAAAUGUUCAGAAUAUUAGUUUGCAAUGCAGGAAAAUGAAUAUACAACUAGAAAAAAUGUAUGAUUAUUACUGUAGCGAUAGCUUUGCUAAUAUACUGUUAAAUCAAAAAAGUUGCAUCGAAAAGCUUCAUUUAAUUUAUAAUGAAAGCGAGUGCUCAAAUGUUACUCAUUUCUCGGAUGGAUACAAUUACAAUUCACUUCCUAAAAGGGGAACAUCAGAUGAAUCAUCUCAACGGUGUAAGUUUGCCAAAUGGUAUUUCGACUGCGGGAUCACGGAAUCUUUUUACGAAACAUGUCCUCAAAUUACAGAGAAUGUGCAAAACUACUUUGAGAUGCUAAUUAAUGCGAAUAAUAGCAAUUGUUAUUUGCGCAAACGAACAGUUGACCGUAAUGAAACCGCUUCUGAUGAUAGCAAAGAUUAUUUUGAUAUUCAGUUAUGUAAUAAUUGUACAACGACUGACUGUCCGAAAGGUUUCUAUUAUGAUGAACAGUUAGCGAAAUGUAUCGAUGUGGAUGAAUGCGCCUCCAAUCAACAUUUUUGUUCGCAGAAAUGUAUCAAUAAGCCAGGUGAUUUUGAAUGUGAAUGUUUUGGCCCUUUGUAUAAACUGGCUCGAAAUGGACAUCGGUGCUAUCGAACUGAUAGCGAACCUGUUCUAUUUUUCUUGGCUCAUUCGUAUAGUAUUUGGAACGUAACAUACAAUGCAAAAUCUCAACUAAAAUUGGUACCUAAUUAUGGAAAUGAAAAAGAAAAGAAGUUAUAUUAUGUGGAUCUAACAAGAAAUUCUAUUCAGUACGUAAACGUAUUUGACAGAAAUAAAGUACAUGUCAUACAAAAUCAUGAAGUUGAAGGUACAGAAGGAAUUGCUGUUGAUUGGAUACAUAGGAAUUUAUAUACUCUACGCCAAAGGCAAUUACAUGUACAACGUCUUGAUGGUCUUUAUAGAGCAUCACUUUACGAUAAAUUCUUUCAGUUACCUCGAGCUUUGGUUGCUUAUCCAUUCACGCGCGAAUUGUUUGCAAGUGAUUGGGGUACAAAACCAUUUAUAGUUCGACUUGCGAUGGAUGGUAGUGAAGCAAAGAAAAUCAUCAAUGAAGAUUUAGUUUGGCCAAAUGCAUUGGCUAUCGACUACUUCGCAAAACGCCUUUACUGGGCCGAUGCUUUCCGCGACGUCAUUGAAAUGGCAAAUUUGGAUGGAACGAGUCGGCGAAUUAUAAUCAGUGAUAAUCAGUUGGUACCACAUGUUUUUGGAUUGACGGUAUUUGAUGAUAUGAUUUUUUGGAGUGAUUGGACCCGUCGUGGAUUUCUAUUUGCUGAUAAACUUACUGGUCAAAACAUAACAAUGUUCUUAAGGACUGUAUUGCCACCAUAUUCCCUCAAGGCAUAUCAUUCAGCUAUGCAAAUGGAAGUUCCUAAUCUUUGUGAAACGACGACGUGUCAACAUAUUUGUGUACCGAAACUUGAUGGUUCAGGACCGCAAUGCUUAUGUGCUGAAGGAUUUAUUAUGCAUGAAAAUGGUUUGUGUGAACCAAACUGCAUGAAACAUCAGUUGCUAUGCUCACGACCAGAUCAUAAAUGUCUAAAUUUAAUAUAUCGAUGUGAUGGAUUGUACAACUGUGGAAAUGGAGACGAUGAAAUGGAAUGUCCGAUACCGAUUUGCAUGCAUGAUGAACGUAUGUUUCCAUGUCGUGAUAAUCGCAAAUGUAUUUUGCGAUCACAACGAUGUGAUGGUUUUAUAGAUUGCUAUGAUGAGUCUGAUGAAUUGUACUGUGUCGAUUUAGCCAUUGGUUGGAGCCAUUGA